GGUCGCGCCCUUCGACGACGGCAUCCGACCCUCACCCCCAACCCACCGCUGUCCAUCAUGGCGGCCACACUCGAACAGCCACCCGUCGACUUGCUCGGGGGCGGCCCGGCGGUUGAUUCCGUCUCGAUCACUCCACCGCAGAGCGCCAACGGCAAGAAGGAAGCUCCCGAAAGCGUGCCUUCUGAGUUGUCCGACCUUGAGCUGGACUCCAAACCCGCCGCGGUAGAACCCGAAGAGAAACCGAUCAAGCAGGAAGAAGCGGAGGAGGAGGAAGAAGAAGAAAUCGAACCCGACCACUACUAUGGCGGCGGCAAGAUCCCUGUCUUCAAGCCGACCAUGGACCAAUUCCGUGAUUUCCAGUCAUUCAUCAAAAGAAUCGACAGACAUGGAAUGCAAGCAGGAAUAGUCAAAGUCGUUCCUCCAAAGGAAUGGUCCGAGUCACUCCCUCAACUCGACGAGGCCGUCAAGAAAAUUCGCGUGAAGAACCCGAUCAUGCAGGAAUUCCACGGAUCCCACGGUACCUACACGCAAGCGAAUAUUGAACGACAACGCUCCUACAAUCUGCCUCAGUGGAAGGGCUUGUGCGAUGAGAGCAGUCACCAGCCACCAGCCCGGCGUGGAGAAAGACGUCGAAACCUAGAAAGAACGAGCCGAGUUGCCUCCACACCGCGGCCCCAAGCCCCUCGACCGGCCGAUGGUCAGAAACGCCGUCCAGGCCGUCCUCCCAAAAGGACGAAAGUCAAGGAAGAGCCUCUCGCGGAAGAUGGGGAUAAGUCGAAACCUGAAGGACCUCCGACACCAGUGUCCCCCGAAUCCAACCCCGUCGAAGCGAAGAGUGAGGAUCUGAGCGAGGGCGAGUCCCUGCCUGCCCCGAAGCCCAAAGGCCGACAAGCCAAGUCCGUCAAUGCACGACGAAAGAACAACCGGGGCGAUAUGGUGGAUUACGUGGAUGAAGAAGCCUUCCAGGGGUUUGACUAUCGAAUCCACGAUAACGAGGAUUAUACCGCAGAACGAUGUGAAGAACUGGAGACGUCAUACUGGAAGUCGCUGAUGUACAACAAUCCAAUGUACGGCGCUGAUAUGCCGGGCUCACUUUUCAACGACUCGACCACCUCUUGGAACGUUGCCAAACUCCCGAACCUCCUCGACGUCCUCGGACAGAAAGUGCCUGGUGUCAAUACGGCCUAUCUCUACCUGGGAAUGUGGAAGGCGACGUUUGCCUGGCAUCUGGAAGACGUCGACCUAUACAGUAUCAACUACAUCCAUUUCGGUGCCCCCAAGCAGUGGUACAGCAUCUCGCAGGAGGAUGCACCUCGCUUCGAACAGGCCAUGCGCAGUAUUUGGUCGAGUGAUGCGAAGAAUUGCGACCAGUUCCUCCGCCACAAGACUUAUCUGGUCUCCCCCAGUCUUCUCAAGUCGCAAUACGGAAUCACCGUCAACCGCCUGGUCCAUUACGAAGGGGAGUUUGUCAUCACGUUCCCCUACGGCUACCACUCCGGCUACAACGUGGGGUACAACUGUGCGGAGUCGGUCAACUUCGCAACUGAAAAAUGGUUGGACUACGGUCGUAUCGCCAAGAAAUGUCACUGUGAAGAGGACAGCGUCUGGAUCGAUGUGGACGAGAUCGAACGCAAAAUGCGCGGCGAGAGCACUCCGGAAUACUAUGGCGAAUUCGACAGCGAAUUCGAGGGAGCGUCGGAUCUUCUCACGCCCCCGCGUAGCGUGCCCGAAAAGACGCCCUCCAACCGUGGUCGAAAGCGGAAACACGGCGGCGACGGGCCGAGGACCAAACGACCCAAACUCCACCCAGACGGACCCCGAAAGAUCCCGUGUCUGUUAUGCCCUAACGAUCUGGACUAUGAGGAUUUGCUUCCGACCGAAAAUGGCAAGGGCCAUGUGCAUCGUCGGUGUGCGGCCUUCAUCGAAGAGACGAGCAUUCUGCGCAGUGAGUCCGGGCAAGAGGUGGUGUGCGACAUUGAUAAGAUCCCCAAGGCUCGCCUGGAACUCAAAUGUCUGUUUUGCCGUGAGGUCCGCGGUGCUUGCUUCCAGUGCAAUUUCGGCAAAUGCACGCGCGCCUACCAUGCCACUUGUGCUCUUCUGGCCGGCGUUGCAAUCGAACAUGGCUCUAUCGCGGUGAUUGCCGACGAUGGCAACACAUACUCCUUGCCCAGCGUUGACCUGAAGUGCAAGUUCCACCGUCAGAAGCGACCUGCCGGGAUCUCGGGCGAGUCGUUGGAUUCCGAUCGCCGCGUGAACCAAGGCGCUCGCCGUCUGGUGCAGGGUGACCUGAUCCAGUUCCAGGCUGACAAGGAGAUCAAUGGCGCCAUUGUCCUUCAGAAUCGCCCGGAGGAGCGAUCUCUGCUGCUCAAGGUCCUUCCCCGAGGGGAUGUGAUCGAGCUGCCGUAUCGCUGGAUGCUGGUUGUUCGCAGAAGCAAUUUUGCGCCCCUCGUGCCAGGGAUCCAACCCCUCCCGGCCCACCUUGCGCGAAAGCCCGAACAGCGGAAGGAGUUGGAGUCCGCUCUCCCAGUGGCAGGCAGUGCCUUUGGCGACAGCCACUCUCCCUAUCAGUGGGCCGAGUUUGAAACGGUGGAGGCUACUAAGAAUGCCCCACCGGUGACGGUCAACCUCGACAAAGGCGAACAAUUGUGGUACUAUUUGGGCGCGCAGUCGACGGAGAGUAGGGCACAGUAUACACACAACCCUAGCGUCCGCGUCCACAACCCGCGGGCCAAUUUCCUCGACAGCGUCAGAGCGGGUCUGGGAGUGUCGAGGAUCUCCCCCCACCAUCAUCGCCAUUGGCGCUACAAUAAUAAUGCUGCCACCGCCCCUGCCCCUCCUUACCAGCAAAAUCUUUACGCUCAAUCCCGACCGCUUUUACAUUCACCCCUGAACGACGUCAACGCUCACCACCACCGCACCCACUUCUUCCAUUCCGCCAGACCGCCCACCUCUUCUCCUUUGGUGCAGCCUCCGCUCGCCCCUCCCCCUCACCCUGCACCUGCCGCUUCCGCUGCCGGUGCUGCUGCUGCUGGAGCUCCUGCGAUGCCGUCGGCCUUUCGUUCCCUGCCGACUCAAUCUGCCCGCCAUGCCCCCUAUCCUUCGGUCGCCAAAUCGCACGCUCAGCAGCAGCACCACCUCCCCGCCACCAAUACCUUUGCCAAUGUUCGGGAACUCAUCGCUCGCCGGCGUCUCGCCCAGAUCACCGACCAUGCCAAUGUCUUCGCCGGGUAUACGAUCGUUAGCCCCGAGGUGGUGGUAGAGACCCUCCUGGGCCCAAUGGGCUCGAUUCCCCCUGCCAAUGGUUUGGAAAAAUUAGAGCUGGUUAUGGCCCAGCAGCGGGUGCAGCCACGAGCCGCCGACGGGACCUUGCUGCCGCCACAGACCCUCAACAUGCGGUCAGAGGAGGUGACCCGGUUGCUGCAGAUGCUGCGGUUCUCUCUGGUCAGCCAUCGUGAGCGGCUAGACGUGCUCCAGAAGAAGGAAUCGGAGGGCGUGAAACAGGAGGUCGACCGGGGAAGCGUGGCGGCCGCCAAGAUGCCGGGCAAAUAUGCCUUUCUCGACCAGCAGCGGGCACUGGCACCCAAUGUUUACCAGUCUCCAUACAACAUGCCCUCGGGCCUGUCGGAGUAUGCCAAGAAGACGUACGGGCUGCUUCCCUCCGAGGACGAGCCGCCCAAGGAGUCCCUGGCGAACGACUUCUUCAAUAGCCUCUCCCAGGAGAUGCAGGAGAAGAUUCUCAAGACAUGCGGUAGCUUUGUGCAACGUGCCAUCGAUCGGUCGGCCAACCACAGCCGCCAAAACUCGGCGUCCAACCUACGGCUGUCAUCGGCGCUUGCCCAGCAAACGGCAAAUCCGACCAUCGAUAUCACGACGGCCGAGGACCCGCCAUUGUCUGGUCUCGACCUUCCGCUCCACGCCGACUCCCCCGUCUCAAAUUUUGGCCGGUCGCAGCUGCGAUUCCAUUCGCCGAACGAGUUCCCCAUGCACGGGCCGGACCCUCACCCUGACCAUCACGAUCUCUUCGGGGACCAGCAAGCCAACACCCGCUUCUGGCAGGAGGGGCCGUGGAUCGCGGGCGAUGGCAACACCCCCAACGACGAGCAUCGGCCCUUCUUCGGCCCGCACGAACGGCUUAAGCAUGACUAUGCUUCCUCGGAUAUAUCACUGGGUAAGGGGCCAGGGUCAUUGCAUUCAGUCGACAUGGCCGGCUUCGGGCCUGAUCCCUCCGAAGAUCUCGUUGCUGGACUGAGUCCCUAA